AAAAUAUAUAUUUAUUUGGCACUUAAUUUUGGGGCGGCGGGAGAAAUGGAAAUGGAUCCGACGGAGCUGCGUCGGGUGUUCCACAUGUUUGACCGGAACGGGGACGGGAAGAUAACCAGGAAGGAGCUGAGCGAGUCGCUGGAAAAGCUCAACAUACACAUCCCGGAGAAGGAGGUGGUGCAGAUGGUGGAGAAGAUCGACGCGAACGGGGACGGGUACGUGGACAUGGAGGAGUUCGGGACGCUGUACGGGGCGCUGAUGGCGGAGAUGCGCGGCGGCGGCGGCGGCGGGGAGGAGGAGGCGGAGGAGGAGAUGAGGGAGGCGUUCAACGUGUUCGACCAGAACGGGGACGGGUUCAUCACCGUCGAGGAGCUCAGGUCGGUGCUGGCGUCGCUGGGGCUCAAACAGGGGAGGACGGUGGAGGAUUGCCGGAAAAUGAUCGCCAAGGUGGAUGUCGACGGCGACGGUAUGGUUAAUUAUGACGAGUUCCGGCAGAUGAUGAAGGGCGGUGGCUUUGCCGCCUUAUCUUGAAUUCUCAUUCUCUUUUAUUUCCCUCUCCCGCCUUAUCCACUUUGGAAAAAUUGAAAAAAACAACAUUUCCAUUGAAGUGUUUUUUUUCAUUUGAUUAUAAUUAUUGUUUUGAUAUAUACUUCUUACUCCUAUAUCAUUGGCUUGGUGUAUUUGUAUAAUUAAUUAUUUCAUCAUUA